AUGGGCGACCAAGAGCAUCAAUACAAAUUUAACGUGAGCAUGAGCUGCGGCGGCUGCUCCGGCGCCGUCGAGCGCGUCCUCAAAAAACUAGACGGCGUAAAAUCCUUUGACGUGAGCCUUGAUUCCCAGACCGCGAGUGUUGUAACCGAUGACACUGUCCCUUAUGAGACGGUUCUCACGACCAUCAAGAAGACAGGGAAGACAGUGAAUACCGGAGAAGCCGAUGGGCAGGCUCGGGAUGUUUAA